GUGUUUGUAAUUCAAAAAAAGUAUAAAUCGGUUUUUGUCGAUAUCUCUUAUAUUUUUUUAGAUUCAGUUGGAGGAUAAACGGAUUGAAAAUGCAGACAUUUGUUCGCUUGAAACGUCCAUUGGAAAUCUCACCUUCAGAUACUCUAAUUCUGAAUUGCAACAAAAAACAGAAACUUGAGAGUUCAUUGGGUGUUGAAGGAUCUCUUACAACAGUUCUUAAAUUCAGUGGAACUCAAAAUUCUCAAAAUGAUGAUAUAGCUGAACAUGUUACUACACUCAAGAACAAUUUGAAACAAAAAAUCCUUCAAAAAUUCAAACAUGAUCUGGAUUUGAAACAAAAGUUGCGUUUAGAAGCUCAAGAACAUUCUAAAAGUGAUAGGUACAAGAUCGUUAACUGUUUGAGAUCUAAUUUGUCCAUGGAAGAUCCUGAUAAUUGUGUGACAGUAUUAGAUAUUGAACCCCAUGAAGAAGUCCAUAAAACAAAAUCUGAUGAAAAGUAUGUUUAUGAUAUCUACUACACAGAUGCUAAAAUUGUUGAAGAAGUAGGUGAUUUUGAAAUAAGCAUUCUUCCAACUUCAGAAAUAUUUGAUUCUGAGGAUGUGUAUAACAAUGAAUCUGAUCAAGAAAGCGAAGAUUCCAAUGCAGAAAAUUAUUAUACAAAUGAUUAUCCUGAUGAAUCAGAUGUUGAAAGCGUAAAUGAGAAUGAUAUGAUUAAGUCCAUGAAUAGAAUUGGACUGGAUGAUCUUUCAAGCACGGAUGAUGAAUAUUUGCAUUUCAAUGAAAGCAAAGAAGAAUAUUUUCAUGAUGAAUCAGAUCAGGAAAGUUCAUAUGGAACUGCGUUCAGAAAAUUCAAACAAAAAUAUGGCAGCUCUAAUAAAUUUAGCGAUGAAUCUUCAUUGGCUGAUGCAGGUGAAGAAAAUCAUGAUAGUGAUUAAUUUAGUCAUUUGAAAUUCAAUUUGAACCAAUUUUUGUGAUAAUAUAAGAGGAAUAAACAGUGUACUUGAAUGUUUUCAGUGUAGUUGCAUAUAUUUUGAGAGUUAUUAACACUGUUGUUUACAUACUACAAAAUAAAUGUUUUAUUUUCAUGAA